AUGACCUCCUUCUCCACCCGCAGCAGCUUCUCCCCCCUCAGGACCGCCGCCAUCAUGGGUCCUACCUCUUCCUCCUCUUCUUCCCGCCGGGUCGGCAGCUCAGGGGCUGGGAGCGUCUACGGAGGAGCCGGAGGCUCCGGGGUCAGAGUCUCCAAGGCCUCCUACAACUACUCCUCCAACCAGGCUGCCGGCAGCUCCUUUGACCUGGCCGAUGCCGUGGACAUCGCUGUCAGCGAGAAGGAGACCAUGCACAACCUCAACGACCGCCUUGCCGUCUACCUGGACAAGGUGCGCAGCCUGGAGAAGGCCAACGGAGACCUGGAGCUGAAGAUCAGACAGUUCCUGGAGGGCAGAGCCACACCUGAGGUCCACGACUACCGCAGCUUCACUGUACGGAUCAAGGACUUGCAGGGAAAGGUGAGAGCGCACACUUGAACACCUGAACAUCUUUUUAACUAAACACACAGCUAACUAAACACAUAAACAACCAGAGUUAAAGUAACUGUUGAAUCUAACAGCUGUUGGAUCGGCUGUUCAUUGGACAACUCUACCCUGAGUUCAGACUGUAAGGUAGCACACCUGAGCAGGUAGAUCUCAUCAUGUUUAACCAAUCAAGAGUCAGAGACAGAGCUGACAGGUGUUUCUUUAAAUAUCUAAACUAAAGAACAAAGUGUUGUCUGUCUUUGGACUGAAGUUUGUCAGAAAGUUUAAAAAUAGGUCAGAGGAAGGAAAUGUGCAAAAUAACACGAGAAGGAGUGAAAAAAGCAGGAAUAAAAGGAGAACAGAUCAGGAAAUAAAUGUCUGGAAAUUUAAGCCCUGGCUUAAACCAGUUGAUUGACCGCUUGGCCUUGAAUAGUUCAGGAAGAGCAGCUGGAGACAAAUUCAGGUAAAAAAGAAAAGAGUCAAACUGAUAUUGAGAAAAAAGUCCCUAAUCUGUCCUAUUUUUACUUUAUGAAAAACAAAUCCAUGAAUUCAGACAUUAAUUUAUCAACAAAUUCAUCUGAAAUAACAGUUUUGAGAUUUUGGCUUUCUCACCUUAUGACCUCUGUAGACAGUGUUUUUUCAGUAUUCAUUAAUCCUAUUUUUAUUUUAAGUAAUUAUCAGAAGAGUGAGGCAGCUGUUUCUCUGUUGGUUCAGUAAACUCUCCUGCUCAGUGUAAAUAAAACAGGGUUAAUGUUAUAUAACAGUCAAAUAUAACAGAGACGCUGUUGUUGACAUGAAAACUUGAACAUGUGACAGUUAACAUGUAAAUAUGUUCAUGUAUGUUCAGCCCCCUCUAUUAUCAGACCUCAGGACAUCAUGUCUCUGUAAAUAUUUACUCUGAAGGAUGUUUGACUUUUAGACAGUUCAUGAGGACUGACAGGCGAUUUUAAAGCAGAGGAACCUGUCUGACCAUCACACAGGUGUAUCUGUGUGCAGGGAGGGGGAGGGGCUAACAGGUAACUUUACCUGAGAGAGCAGAAAGGAAGAUUAUUGAAUAAACUUAAUUUCGCCUCUUUUUCAAGAAUCACUCUGACUUCAGAUUUCACUAAAAUAUUUUACUGUUUUUUUUUUCCAAUUCAAAAAACAUUUAUUAAAUAUUUUAGUUUUAAAAUUUUUGUUGAACUUUAUUUCAUAAUAAUCAGAAGAGUAUGAGGAGUUUUUCUCUCUAAAAACGUGUCCUAUAAAAGACAAAUUUAGCUGUAAAUUUAAGAAAAGUAACGCAGCUUUUAAGAGUUUUUAAGUUUUAAAAAUUAACUUAAAUUCUUUCUUUAGUAGCCUCAAAUUAAAACCAGCUUCUUUCUUUAUUGAAAGUUUUUGUAUUGCAUAUUUUUGAUAAGUUUUAGAGACCUUUUUUGUCUUUUGAAUGAAUGAAAGUUUAUUGAAAGUCUUUUUAAGUCAGUUUAUGAAUAAUAUUGUAUUUGAUAUGUAUGUUAUGUUUGAAAACACAUCUGCAAAGUUAUUUUGAAAUUUUUGAAAUUGCCAAAAAAGAUUUUAAAAUUCUACAAAAAAUAUUCUGGAGUCUGUAAAAAAACUUAGUUCAACUUCUGACUUUUUAUCUGUAAAAUAAAAAAAAAAGUUCGAACAUCGGUUUGGCUGUUUGUAGCUCCCCCUGGUGGACACACAGAUCCUUUGAUAUUUUGAUAAAAAACUUAAGUCUGCCGAUACAAAAAAACCUUUAGAUGUUAACACAUUUUUUUCUCCUGUCCUUCUUGUACAGAUCCAGGUUGCUGCUCGUGGAAACGCAGCUCUCAUUCUCGCCAUCGACAAUGCCAAGCUCGCCACAGAUGACUUCAAAGUGAAGUGAGUAACCCCCAGUUUCCACCACAUCCGGAACGGCUACCAAGAGGCUGUAUCCGCCGAUCGUAGCUAAUCGUAACCAUUCAAGUCAAUGUGUCAAUUUUCACCGUCUUCUUUCCGUUCUGCUGCGGAUCGCCAGACUCUGCAGCUGAUCACAAGAGUUCUUGAGACUCUGAUUCAUUGGAGGAUAAAAACCAGACUGUGAAAUAAUCUGAACACCUCUGUCUAUCUGUCCCUCACUUUAUUUUCACUCUAUUUUCAGGUACGAGAACGAGCUCGGCAUGCGCCAGUCAGUGGAGGCUGACAUCAGUGGGCUGAAGCGAGUCCGUGAUGAGCUGACUCUCAGCCGUGGCGACCUUGAGAUGCAGGUAGAAGGUCUGAAGGAGGAGCUGCUGCUGCUUAAGAGGAACCAUGAGGAGGUGAGGAUAUUAAAGAUGAAUAGAGAUGUAGAAAGCAAGAAAAAAAAUAAGAGGCUAACAGGCUCCCCCUGCAGGAUCUGCUGGCUCUGCGCGCUCAGGUGAAGUGCCAGGUCAAUGUGGAGGUGGACGCCGCACCACAGGAAGACCUGGCCGCCGUCAUGGAUAGCAUCAGACAACACUACGAGAACGUCGCCGCCAAGAACCGCAAAGACCUGGAGACCUGGUUCCAAGCAAAGGUAAGAGCACAGAAUUAUAAUCACUACUGCCACCUGCUGGACAAACCUGACAUAUCAUGAAUCUUUGACAUUAAAUUGCGUUUUAAUAUUAAAAUACUUCUGCAGGUCUAAACUCCUGAUCAGUCCUGAUAUUCAAACACUAACUUUAUUGAUGGUUGUCCUUCAUAGACGGCCGAGCUGAGCAAAGAGGUAUCUGUGCGCUCGGAGACACUGACCAGCUCAAAGUCUGAGAUCGGAGAAAUCCGACGAACUGUCCAGACUCUGGAGAUCAAACUGCAGGCUCAGAUCAGCAAGGUGAGAUGAGAUGAUUUUACCUUGAGUUUGGCUCAAGUUCAUUGAAUGAAAAGUAUUUAAUCUUUCUAGUAUAAAACCAACAUACCAUAAGCAUAGUCAGCAUUAAGCCUCAAAUGACCCAAACCUUUAACCUGGAUCAGUAAAUCAGUAAGUCAGUAAACCUGACUUUAAUCUUUUCUCCCCCCGACAGAAAAGAGCUCUGGAGGUAACCCUGGAGGAGACCAAGAGCCGCUACGCUAACAUGCUCACUGGCUACCAAAGGCAGGUUGUGGCUCUGGAGGAGCAGCUGACUCAGCUGAGGGCCGACCUGGAAAACCAGAAGGUUCUGUUUGUUGACCUGCUGGACAUCAAGACCAGGCUGGAGCUGGAGAUCGCAGAGUACAGGAGGUUGCUGGAGGGCGAGACUGAGAGGUGAGAGUCGGGGCACACUGACUGAUACUGAUACUAAUACUAAUCUAUAUGGACUAAUCUGAAUAAUUAACUUAUCUUAUGUAGGUGUCCAACUUAGAUAAUCAAACUUUAAUAGCUCAUGGAAAAAGCUACCUCAGUGUGAUAAAAGCUUAAAGUUUAGUAACCAUGGUAACUAUGUGCUGCCUUCAGCUCAGCCUGUUGGCGUGAAGAUCUAAUGACUACUAAAAAAACUUGUCAGAUCUUCAAAUAUUAGUUCUAUAAAUGACCAGUAAAAAAGUGACAUGGUGAUGGUUCUUCAUCCUGUCACUCUGCUCUAAGGUUUUUUGGACUCCAUGAACUCUCACUGAUCAUAUUUUGAUUGAUUUAAAUAGCUGAAAUACAUUUUUUUCCCAUCCUGUUUCUGCAGCACCACCACAACAACCAAAACCACCAGAGUCGUGACCAUCGUGCAGGAGGUGGAUGCUUCUGGAAACAUUGUGAACUCCAGUUUGGACGAGAAAGAGAGGACCACCACAACCUCCAGCUAGAGAUUAACGAAAAACUAGCAUGUAGACACCUGCCAACCAGCAAUAUCAAGCAUCCCUUUGAGACCAUCAGCGUUAAAACCAGUUAACCAUCUGUUAGUUAAAUAAAUCAGUUUAAGAGUCUGAUUCAGAACAAUAUAUGCUGUAAAACUGUCUUAUUCUCUAAUAAAACUCAGGUCGG